CCCCAGAGGUUAGACCUAAAACAAGGGGGGAGCGUUUCGGUCUAAACCAUCUGGACAGAAAACACUAUUAAUUGUCCCUCGCCGGCAGCCUCCUGUGGGAUAUCGUCUCCGGAGCCUUCCGGUCCCUUCCGGCGGCCGAACCGGAGCCGUGUGGCCGUUUCACGACGGUUCCUGCUCAUAGAGCGGCGUGCCGAGGACGGACGCGUCUCUUUGAAUAGACAGGAUGCACGGACCGCCCUCCGGCGACAGCGCAUGCCCACUGCGCACGAUCAAGAGAGUUCAGUUCGGCAUCAUCAGCCCGGAUGAGCUCAAACGGUUGUCCGUCACAGAGGGGGGGAUCAAGUACCCCGAGACCACAGAAGGAGGACGUCCUAAACUUGGCGGCCUUAUGGACCCAAGACAAGGUGUCAUAGAUAGAACGGGACGAUGUCAGACAUGUGCAGGCAACAUGACAGAGUGUCCAGGCCACUUUGGACACAUAGAACUGGCAAAGCCAGUUUUCCAUGUCGGCUUCGUAACCAAGAUCAUGAAGGUUCUCCGAUGUGUGUGUUUCUUUUGCUCCAAGCUAUUAGUGGAUAAUACCAACCCAAAGAUUAAAGACAUCCUGGUAAAAUCUAAAGGGCAGCCACGAAAGCGCUUGACACAUGUGUACGAGCUGUGCAAAGGAAAAAACAUCUGUGAAGGAGGGGAGGAGAUGGACAACAAGUUUGGAAUGGAGUCACAUGAGACAGAGGAGGACAUUUCUAAAGAGAAGGGUCACGGUGGCUGCGGGCGCUACCAGCCACGCAUCAGGCGCUCCGGCCUGGAGCUGUUCGCUGAGUGGAAGCACGUUAAUGAAGACUCGCAGGAGAAGAAGAUCCUGCUGAAUCCAGAGCGUGUCCACGAGAUCUUCAAACGCAUCUCUGACGAAGAGGUCUUCAUCUUGGGCCUGGAUCCCAAGUUCUCCCGUCCUGAAUGGAUGAUUCUGACUGUGCUGCCUGUGCCUCCACUGGCUGUGAGGCCGGCAGUCGUCAUGCAGGGAUCUGCUCGCAACCAGGACGAUUUGACCCACAAGCUGGCUGACAUUGUUAAGAUCAACAACCAACUGAGAAGAAACGAGCAGAGCGGUGCAGCGGCUCACGUCAUCGCUGAGGAUGUGAAGCUGCUUCAGUUUCACGUAGCCACAAUGGUGGACAACGAAUUGCCCGGCCUGCCGAGGGCAAUGCAAAAAUCCGGCCGCCCUCUCAAAUCCCUGAAGCAACGUUUAAAGGGAAAGGAGGGGCGAGUCCGAGGUAACCUGAUGGGAAAGCGUGUGGAUUUCUCCGCUCGAACUGUCAUCACCCCGGACCCCAACCUGCAAAUCGACCAAGUGGGCGUACCGCGGUCCAUCGCAGCCAACAUGACCUUCCCGGAAAUUGUGACACCCUUUAACAUUGACAGACUUCAAGAGCUGGUACGACGAGGAAACAGCCAGUACCCCGGAGCCAAGUACAUCAUUCGUGACAACGGAGACAGAAUUGACCUGCGGUUCCAUCCCAAACCAAGUGACCUUCAUCUGCAGAUCGGCUACAAGGUGGAAAGGCACAUGUGUGAUGGUGACAUCAUCAUCUUCAACCGACAGCCUACACUACAUAAAAUGUCCAUGAUGGGGCACAGGGUUCGGAUUCUGCCCUGGUCCACGUUUCGACUCAACCUCAGUGUCACCACUCCAUACAAUGCUGACUUUGACGGGGAUGAGAUGAACCUCCAUCUACCUCAGUCCCUGGAGACGAGAGCAGAGAUCCAGGAGCUGGCCAUGGUGCCGCGUAUGAUCGUCACCCCCCAGUCCAACAGGCCCGUCAUGGGUAUCGUGCAGGACACACUCACAGCUGUGCGCAAAUUCACAAAGAGAGACGUCUUCUUAGAGAGGGGGGAAGUCAUGAACCUCCUCAUGUUCCUCUCCACCUGGGACGGGAAAAUGCCCCAACCGGCCAUCAUCAAGCCACGUCCACUGUGGACAGGCAAGCAGAUCUUCAGUCUCAUCAUUCCAGGACACAUCAACGUCAUCCGCACACACAGCACCCACCCCGACGAGGAGGACAGCGGACCUUACAAACACAUCUCACCAGGGGACACCAAGGUCAUUGUGGAGAAUGGCGAGUUGAUCAUGGGCAUCCUGUGUAAGAAGUCGCUCGGGACAUCAGCCGGCUCCCUUGUCCACAUCUCCUACUUGGAGAUGGGCCACGACAUCACCCGGCUCUUCUACUCCAACAUUCAGACUGUAGUCAACAACUGGCUGCUCAUCGAGGGUCAUUCCAUUGGUAUCGGUGACUCCAUUGCUGAUGCCAAAACCUACCUUGACAUCCAGAAUACCAUCAAGAAAGCCAAACAGGAUGUGAUAGAAGUCAUCGAGAAAGCCCACAACAACGAGCUGGAGCCGACCCCUGGUAACACGCUGAGGCAGACCUUUGAGAACCAGGUCAACCGAAUCCUCAACGACGCUCGUGACAAAACGGGAUCCUCCGCCCAGAAGUCUCUGUCUGAGUACAACAACUUCAAGUCCAUGGUGGUGGCCGGAUCGAAGGGUUCAAAGAUUAACAUCUCACAGGUUAUCGCUGUGGUGGGGCAACAGAACGUGGAGGGUAAGAGAAUCCCCUUCGGCUUCAAACACCGCACGCUGCCUCACUUCAUUAAAGAUGAUUACGGUCCUGAGAGCAGAGGCUUCGUGGAGAACUCCUACUUGGCCGGCCUGACACCAACUGAGUUCUUCUUCCACGCCAUGGGAGGCAGAGAGGGUCUGAUCGAUACAGCUGUCAAGACUGCUGAGACUGGUUACAUCCAGCGUCGUCUGAUCAAGUCUAUGGAGUCUGUGAUGGUGAAGUACGACGGCACCGUGCGUAACUCCAUCAACCAGGUGGUCCAGCUGCGCUACGGUGAAGACGGCCUGGCCGGAGAGAAUGUCGAGUUCCAAAAUCUGGCAACUCUCAAACCCUCACACAAGGCCUUUGAAAAGAAGUUCAGAUUUGACUGCACUAAUGAGCGCGCACUGAGGCGGAUGCUGCAGGAGGACGUGGUUAAAGACGUCCUGACCAACGCCAACGUGCAAAGUGUCUUGGAGAGAGAGUUUGAUCAAAUGAAGGAGGACCGGGAGAUUCUUCGGGCCAUUUUCCCCACAGGGGACAGCAAGGUGGUGCUGCCAUGCAACCUGGCCAGAAUGAUCUGGAAUGCUCAGAAGAUCUUCCGCAUCAACGCUCGGACCCCAACAGACCUGAAUCCUCUUAGAGUGGUCGAGGGUCUUCAAGAUCUUAGCAAGAAGCUGGUGAUUGUGAACGGCGAGGACCCGCUGAGUCAGCAGGCCCAGAAGAACGCCACGCUGCUCUUCAACAUCCACCUGCGCUCCACGCUCUGCUCCAAACGCAUGACGGAGGAGUUCCGCCUUUCCACCGAGGCUUUCGACUGGCUGCUGGGAGAGAUUGAGACCAAGUUCAACCAGUCCAUUGCCCACCCAGGUGAAAUGGUCGGCGCUCUGGCUGCUCAGUCGCUGGGAGAACCAGCUACCCAGAUGACCCUGAACACUUUCCACUACGCCGGUGUGUCGGCCAAGAACGUAACACUCGGUGUGCCUCGUCUUAAGGAGUUGAUCAACAUCUCCAAGAGGCCCAAGACGCCCUCGCUCACCGUCUUCCUGCUGGGUCAGGCUGCACGUGACGCUGAGAGGGCCAAGGACAUCCUCUGUCGCCUGGAGCACACCACACUCCGAAAGGUGACAGCCAACACUGCCAUCUACUACGACCCCAACCCCCAGAACACAGUGGUGGCCGAGGACCAGGAGUGGGUGAACGUCUACUAUGAAAUGCCCGACUUUGAUGUGACGCGCAUUUCGCCAUGGCUGCUCCGUAUCGAGCUGGACCGCAAACACAUGACUGAUCGCAAACUAACUAUGGAACAGAUCGCAGAGAAGAUCAAUGCAGGUUUUGGAGAUGAUCUGAACUGCAUCUUCAAUGACGACAAUGCUGAGAAGCUCGUUCUGCGAAUCAGAAUCAUGAACAGCGACGAGAACAAGUUCAACGAGGACGAGGAGGUGGUGGACAAAAUGGACGACGACGUGUUCUUGAGAUGCAUCGAGUCCAACAUGCUGACGGACAUGACCCUACAAGGCAUUGAGCAGAUCAGCAAGGUGUACAUGCACUUGCCCCAGACUGACAACAAGAAGAAGAUCAUCAUCACGGAGGAAGGAGAGUUCAAGGCCCUGCAGGAGUGGAUCCUGGAGACGGACGGAGUGAGUCUCAUGAGAGUCCUGAGCGAGAAGGACGUGGAUCCCGUCCGAACCACCUCCAACGACAUCGUGGAGAUCUUCACGGUCUUGGGAAUUGAGGCUGUGCGAAAGGCUCUGGAGAGGGAGUUGAACCACGUCAUCUCCUUUGACGGUUCCUACGUCAACUACCGUCACUUGUCUCUGCUCUGUGACACCAUGACCUCCCGCGGCCACCUGAUGGCCAUCACGCGUCACGGCAUCAACCGGCAAGACACGGGACCGCUCAUGAAGUGUUCCUUUGAAGAGACGGUGGAUGUGUUGAUGGAGGCGUCGGCACACGGUGAAUGUGACCCCAUGAAGGGCGUGUCCGAGAACAUCAUGCUGGGCCAGCUCGCCCCGGCUGGCACCGGCUGCUUUGAUUUGCUGCUGGAUGCUGAGAAGUGCAAAUACGGGAUGGAGAUUCCCACCAACAUGCCUGGGAUCAGCGUGGCUGGACCCACUGGAAUGUUCUUUGGCACAGUGCCGAGUCCCAUGAGUGGCAUGUCACCCGCCAUGACACCGUGGAACACCGGGGCCACACCAGCCUACGGCGCCUGGUCUCCUGGUAUCGGAAGCGGCAUGACUCCUGGUGCAGCCGGCUUCUCUCCCAGCGCAGCGUCAGACGCGAGUGGCUUCUCCCCGGGCUACUCACCCGCUUGGUCCCCGACUCCCGGCUCCCCCGGUUCUCCAGGACCUGCGAGCCCGUACAUCCCAUCUCCAGGUGGCGCCAUGUCACCAAACUACUCUCCCACCUCCCCGGCCUACGAGCCGCGCUCCCCCGGUGGCUACACCCCCCAGAGCCCCGGCUACUCCCCCACCUCCCCCUCCUACUCGCCCACCUCUCCCUCUUACUCCCCCACCAGCCCCAACUACAGCCCGACCUCUCCUUCCUACUCGCCCACUUCGCCCAGUUACUCCCCAACCUCUCCCUCCUACUCGCCCACGUCUCCCUCCUACUCCCCCACCUCUCCAUCUUACUCUCCCACCUCCCCCUCUUACUCCCCCACCUCGCCAUCCUACUCUCCCACCUCGCCGAGCUACAGCCCGACGUCGCCGAGUUACAGCCCGACGUCCCCCAGCUACUCCCCCACCUCCCCCUCUUACUCGCCCACUUCACCUUCAUACUCUCCCACCUCCCCCUCUUACUCUCCCACCUCCCCCUCCUACUCCCCCACCUCUCCCUCCUACUCGCCGACCAGUCCGAGCUACAGCCCCACGUCACCAAACUACACUCCCACCUCUCCCAGCUACUCCCCCACCUCGCCCUCCUACUCCCCGACGUCGCCCUCUUACUCUCCCACCUCCCCCAACUACACCCCCACCUCCCCCAACUACUCUCCCACCUCUCCCUCCUACUCCCCAACCUCUCCCUCCUACUCUCCCUCCAGUCCGCGCUUCACUCCGCAGUCGCCCACCUACACCCCCAGCUCGCCCUCCUACAGCCCCAGCUCGCCCUCCUACUCCCCCACCUCCCCCAAAUACACCCCGACCUCCCCCUCCUACAGCCCCAGCUCCCCGGAGUACACUCCCACCUCUCCCAAGUACUCCCCUACCUCUCCAAAGUACUCCCCAACCUCUCCCAAGUACUCCCCGACCUCUCCCACCUACUCGCCCACGACGCCGAAGUACAGCCCCACCUCUCCCACCUACUCUCCCACCUCUCCCACCUACACCCCCACCAGCCCCAAAUACUCCCCGACCUCCCCGACUUACUCCCCGACCUCACCCAAGUAUUCACCCACGUCUCCUACGUACUCGCCAACUAGUCCUAAAGGCUCCACCUACAGCCCCACCUCCCCUGGAUACAGCCCCACCUCCCCCACCUACAGCCCGGCCAUCAGCCCGGACGACAGCGACGAGGAGACCAACUGAUGAGUCACCGCGGAGGAGGAGGAGGAGGGGGGGGUGCACCUGAAAACCCUGUGUCACCUCACGGAGGACACUUGAAGGACAGCGCAUUUUAACCAGCUGGAGGUGGCAGUGUUUUUAGCCCCAGGGGUACCACCUGUUGCCCCCCAAAAAUCUAAAAAUGAAACUAUGAUGUGAAAGACUUGAACUGCUUUGCCUGAAGGAAAGAAAAGGCUGCCUUUUGAAAUAGUUUUUUAAUUUUCACAUGGGAUGUUGAAGCAAAAACCGCAGAUCCCAAGAGGGAAUGCAAAAGGAGAGGGAGGAUGAGGUGAACACAUGAGGGAGAAGAACAUGUCCCUUUUUAACUUUCUAGUGUAUUACAUCCAGUCUCUCUCUCAUUCUCUAAAUGUUGGGUGUGUAGUCGUUCCCUGGAAAGCAUACACUUUGCCAAAAGCCUUUUUUUUUGAAAAGAUGAGUGGAUUGUAUUCAUCACUAAAGCAUAAGCUCUAAAGAAAAUCAAGGAGGUAAGGUUUAGACUUUGUUUACUGCAUUUUUUCACCGAGGUGUAUCUUGUUAGGCCUUUUGCUUCUUUUGUUAAAGUCCAGCUGCUGCCAUGUGUGGUGGCAUUUUGUAAAAGGAGAUGGAGCUGUAGGUGUUUGAUGGCUCGGAUUGUCUGCAGGAGAGUUGGAUGAUGUAUACAUAUAUAUACAUUAUAGGAGAGAGAAACUGGCUUGGAAGGAAAUUUAACUCUGAACAUCGUUAACUACAUCGCCCUCCCAUCCUCCUUCACACCCCAAAGACAAAAACCUCAAAGAUGUCAUGAAAGCACCCACCAGCAUCCUCUUGUCCUCGACCAUUUUGCAGACUUGUGCAUCAAAAGCAAAACAAAAAAAAAUGUAAAAUUAAAAAAAACUUUUCCAGAUGCUAUUCUUCCUAUGACAUUGGGAAUUUAAAGAUUUAUACGGAAGAAAAAUAAUCGUGACAACUAUUAUUCUGUCUUUAAUUUUGAUUCUGGGAUGAACUGGGGCGCACACGGACGAGGGAAACCAGUUUGGCGUUUGCUGCUUCUGUCAUCGUUUUGCAUGAGUAGCACAUGUUAAUGCGUUUUAAUCAAACUUUAGGUUGAAAUUUGUCUUUUUGGAAUCCCUCCCACUUUGCUAAUCUUCGUCCCAUUUCUUAUAGUUGACGUGUACCCAGGUUUAUUUGGACUAUUCAGUUUAUUUAAGAAAAGGUUAACUGCUAUUCUGUGUGAAUAUGAAUAGAGGAAAAUUAAGGAUUUCAAUUUGUUAUUAUUUUUUUUUGGGGGGGGGGGUUCUCUUGUUUGCUUUUGGUGACUUUGUGAACCAUGUGUGCAGGAGGCUCGUGUUCAUAUUGAUGUCUCUUUUCACGAACAGUUGUACGACAUGUCGCAUUCUGCUGCGUUGUGGCAUCGCUUCGGUUACAUGGACAAAAAAAAAAAUUGUGACAUUUUUUCCUUCAGAACAGAGUGAACCAGUUUAUUUUUCUUUUAAGCAGAGAUCGUCCAAAGAAACAUUCCUUUUGGGCCUCUCUUAAAAAAUAUAAACCUUACCCACUACAUUAGUGUGACCUUUCUUUUGAAUAUGGGUGCUUUCUCACACGACUCGACCCACUCUGGUCUGUAUGCUUGAUGACAAUGGAACCAUUUCCACCCCCCUUCUUUCCCUCCUCGUUCCAAUUUGAUCAUUCGUUGCGGUUUCUGAUUUAUUAUUCUUGGAUAAGCCGGGGUCGCCUCCCUCUUCCCUCUUCAUCCACAAGUCAUCCUCAUUUCUGAAAUCAGUGUUUCUUUUUUCUUCCAGUGUACGUACCAGUGACGUUGGGGGCGGGUGGGGAAUGUAUCUGAUCCUACUGGGAGUCCCGGGGAAGUCAAAACAAAAUAAAACCAGUGAUUAUUUUUGCGUUCUGUUUUUGAAAGUGUUUCGUCUAAUUUUGUGAAACGUUGCUUCCGAUUGGGUCGUCAUGAAUUGACAGGGAUGCAUCCUCUGGCCUUUGAGAUGAAGCAGGGUUGGUUGGUCGCUGCACUGCGUUCAUAUUGUGGUGGAGCUUGUUUCCUUUGAAGCCACUUAAAUGUCACGUUUUGUCCACUACGAUUGCAUCCAAUCCUGUCGUCUUAACUCUGUGCCGUCCGGUCAAUUCAGGGCGCUGGGACUCCCAGGGUGAAUGAAUGAUUGAAAGUGUGUAUGUGUGAGCGGUUAGCGUGUGUCCAGAGGUGAGACAGGGUUUCAAGCAGGGGGAAGGACGCCACGUCUGGGCAAAGGAAGGUUUAACUUAAAAUUGCCACUGUAUAGAAAUCGAUUCAUUAUCUCAUUUCUCUGUAUCUUUGUUCUGUUUGUUUUUUGACUUGGAAAAAGAAAUAAAAGUUUUACUACA